AUGGGUUCUAACUGGGAGCAGCUUGCUGCCGACAAAAGAAAGCGCAUUGCCGAAUCUAUCCCCUCAGACUGGUUGAUCCGAACACCUCCGAGCGACAACAAUGUGUUUGCAUAUCCAAAAGAAUCAGGCCUCCUUUCUGCAAAAGAAAUCGAGAUUACCGAAUCAGCGGCGACUGAUCUCGUCGCACAAUUGGCACGGGGAAAGCUGAAAUCGGCUGAUGUAACGCUUGCAUUUUGUAAAAGAGCUGCGAUAGCACAACAACUGACGAACUGUGUACAUGAGUUCUUCCCCGAAGAGGCUCUUGCACAGGCCCGUGGUCUCGAUGAGUAUUAUGCUAAGCACAACAAGCCCAUUGGUCCUUUGCAUGGUCUUCCCAUCUCACUGAAAGAUCAACUGCGGAUCAAGGGAAAAGAGACAUCAAUGGGUUACGUCUCUUGGCUAGGAAAGUAUGACGAAGAAGACUCAGUCCUCACGGCACUUCUCCGCAAGGCCGGUGCCGUCUUUUACGUCAAGACAAGUGUCCCGCAAACAUUGAUGGUCUGCGAAACAGUCAACAACAUCAUCGGCAGAACGACAAACCCACGCAACAAGAACUGGUCAUGCGGUGGAAGUUCAGGUGGUGAAGGAGCUAUGAUCGGCAUUCGUGGAGGCGUUAUUGGUGUUGGCACCGACAUUGGCGGCUCCAUCAGAAUUCCAUCGGCUUUCAAUUUCUUAUAUGGCAUUCGUCCGAGUCAUGGGCGUAUGCCGUAUGCGAAGAUGGCGAAUAGUAUGGAGGGACAGGAGACUAUUCACAGUGUCGUUGGACCUAUUGCGCACUCGGCAGCCGACCUGAGGCUCUUCCUAACUUCGGUACUCCAACAAGAGCCUUGGAACUACGACUCUAAAGUCGUCCCAAUGCCUUGGCGAUCUGACCUGGAGGAUGCUGUCAAAGCAAAGCUGGGUUCAUCUGGCCUUACCAUCGGAUACUAUAAUUGUGACGGCAACGUUCUCCCACAUCCUCCGGUACUGCGCGGGAUUGAGCAGGUAGUUGAUGUCUUGAAGCAGAACAAACACAAAGUCGUGCCGUGGACCCCAUACAAGCACGACUUUGCCCAUGAUCUCGCUAAUAAGAUUUAUGGCGCAGAUGGCAGCACGGACGUGAUGAGGGACAUCAAAGCUUCCGGGGAGCCGCCAAUCCCCAACAUCAAAGAACUCCUCAACCCGGAUAUCAAAAAAGCCGACUUGAACGAUGUAUGGGACAUCCAUCUGCAGAAGUGGGACUACCAGAUGCAAUAUCUCUCCAAGUGGCGAGAGGUCGAGGCUGAGCUUGGAUGCGAGCUCGACUGUAUAGUUGGCCCCAUCAGUCCAACAGCUGCCAUCCGACACAACCAGUUCAAGUACUAUGGCUAUGCGUCUGCCAUCAACUUGCUGGACUUUACAAGCGUCGUCGUUCCUGUCACUUUUGCGGAUAGCAAGGUCGAUGGCAAGCGGGCGGAUUACAAGCCGUUGAAUGAGUUGGAUGCAAGUGUUCAGGCGGAAUACGAUCCUGAUGCGUACCACGGCGCUCCGGUUGCUGUUCAGGUGAUUGGGAAGAAGUUGAGCGAGGAGAAGACGUUGGCGAUUGCGGAGGAGAUUGGGAGGUUGUUGGGUAACGCGGUCACGCCUUGA